AUGGUGGACUCAGCAGAUCGUUUUGAUUACCUUUUCAAAUUUCUCAUAAUUGGAAAUGCUAGUUGUGGAAAAACCUGCAUACUGCGCCGUUACACUGAGAGAAAAUUCUUUCCAAAUACACAACACACCAUUGGGGCUGAAUUUGGCAGUAAAAUUGUAAAUGUUGACGGCACCUAUGUGAAGAUUCAAAUAUGGGAUACAGCAGGUUGGACAUAUUUUGCUUUUCAUUGCUUAAGUUGCCACCUGUUUGAGGCAGGAAGCAGAAUAUUAUUUUACGCAUUGUGGUGUGUAACCCAGUUUGGUUAGCCGAACAACUGUUAUGCUCAUAACACGUGUGCACAAAUCCCCAUGUUAGUACUUACCCACCUAGCAAUGCAUUGCGGUCCAGGACUGCUUGUACUAUGUUCAUGCGAAUCAGCUUAGGCCCUGCUGUGUGCUAUGCCAACAGCCUCCCCCUAAUCGAUCGUCCAGAUCGCGCCGUGUGACUUAAUGCAAUAUAGCGUAAUUUCGUACACAUCAUUAGGACCGGCAGCGGCUACUUUGCGUUACGCUUUCCUAAGAUGAAAAAGAAGGUAACAGUCAACCCCGCUGUAUCCUCGUUUAAGCAUCUUAACGACAAGGACAUCAUUUCGCCGUUUUGCUUUUGCAUGGUCAUUUCGUUACUACAUCGUAAUUGACAGUAUCUAUCACCUACAGCUUAUGUGCGGCGUUUGUAUGAAAUUGAGGACAGGGUUUUUUAAAUGUAUUUUCUGACCUUCAUAUGCCUGAUUCAAAGUAGAUGGCCCACGCUGGGAGGUUGCUUAGUCGAUGCGACCCCGUUGUCCACUUUAAGAGCGGCAUUAAUAAAUGUGCUGGGGCAAUGCUGUACGAGUAGACAUUUCACGGUCUUGGAAAGUCUCAUAAUUGGGAACUUCUUCAAAACUGAAAGACUUCCUCUCCAAGCAUAAAAUUCUAAGAAGACGUAAUUUGCUACCAAAUGAGUAAAGGAAAGAAUAUCUUUGUACAUGUUUUCUGUGGAAUAUAUUUUAAUUUUUAGCAGCAUUAAAACUCAAAGGGGAACUUCACACUGCUCAAACAGUCACUUUUUACGGGAUACAGUUUACGCGGGCGGUCAAUUAGGGACUCGUUCGAAGCCCGGUAUCCUGAUGUGACUGGAAUGUCUUGGUAUUAUGCGACAUGAUAAAUAACAUGACAACCAUACUUAAAUCGUCUUUUAGGAUUGAAAACACAUUUCCGAAUUUCGGUUAACAUUUCAUACGAUAGCACACCUACUGUACUUAUCCUUCAUCUGUUUGGCUCAUCCAUAACAUCAAAAAUAUGUUCUUUUCUGUGCCUAGGUUACCUUUUGCCAUAUCCCUUAUUUACAUUAUUUAGGCCAAGAGCGUUUUCGGUCAAUGGCAAGAUCUUACUAUCGAGACGCAGUAGGUACACUUCUGGUGUACGACGUCACCAAUCGUCAGUCUUUUGAUGCCGUUGGCCAAUGGUUAAGCGACGCAAGGCAGUUGGCUAGUCCCAACGUCGUCGUAAUCUUGGUUGGCAAUAAAAAGGAUUUACAGGUGCGUUGUUUUUGUUCUUGAAAUCAUCAUUAUUCGUACUGUACGGCUGGUAUCUACAGUUGCUUACAGUAAACUGGAUCAGCUGUUUAUUUAAAACAAAUUUUAAAGGCAUGUAUACACCAGAUUUUGUUCCGUCGGCAGUUUGGUUGGACAAGAUUGAGGGGAAGAAGAAGAUACGAUCACCGGAACGGUCGUGACUGUCUCUGAUGAUGGGUCAGGUGAGACUCCGGAACGUCAGGCCAAUAAAUUUCUUGUUCCAGUGAUCCCAUCUUCUUCUGAACUUCCUCCUGAAACUUGUCUGUUCGAUUUUAUCAGCCAGGUCGGAAGGAUUGUUUGCAUUUUAGACGGGACGUAGCAGCCUAUUGACCGAAAUCCGGCUUAAGUGGCCUGCAUGGACAAUUUUCGUCUCCAAACCACACUAAUAGGUCAACCGUAAGAAUUCACAAGUAUAGGACACGUGGUGGGGUCCAGUCGCUGGGACUGAUAAUUCACAGGUGAUUUGUCAAGGGGCGGAUGUUUGGCGAGGCGGAAGAACCAGAGCGGCGCCUUUGACGUCUAUCGGUAAUUAAGCAUUUUCCGAUUAAUGACAAAUGACCUUUAUUCUGUUCAAUCACUUAUUCACGCCGCUCGCUCGGGAACAUUCAUUGUAGCUGCUACCGCUCUGGUCAUACCUGAUCUAGUCGACCCCGACGGUGACACGAAUCAUGUCUCUCGGUAUACAGCUCUCUGCAGCAAUCAAUCAGGAAAGCACAACCUACUCUCUUCUCCAGCUAUGGAAGCUGAAUAUCAAAUGCCUAAGAACUGUUUGUCUGUCUUGACGGACUGUGCUGGGACAGGUUUUGAAGUUACCCCUUCCGGGUGUACAGCGAUAUUUGAUUAGCGACAACGACAUUAAACUCGUAGGGCGGUCGACGAAAAACGUAGCCUAGCCACCCCAGUCGUUUUGAAUGGUUGAUGAUGUUCUUGUGAUGCUGUCACAGUGCGCGCGGGCCGUCUCAUUCGACACGAAACGGGUGUACUUCACUCGAUGAAUGUUUCCCGGACAACACUGAUUAGUCACAUCCGCUUUCACUUGUCGUUUAUUUACACAACCCAACAUUCACAAGCGUAAAAGGGGGCCUUACGAACGAGCGCCAGGCACACGCAGAUUUCUGUGGCGAUGGAGAUUUCGCUUACAGUCCAUAGACACCAUCCGGGAAUUACGAAGAUCCUGUCACCUACAUCGGUUUGCGAGACGCAGCCAUCCUUAGUCCUUCUAUCCGGCUUCAACUUCACCUUAAGGUAUUCGAGAUUGGCUUCUUCCAGUUGACAGUCAUCAAACCCCAGGGGUAUCUUCUCGUGGUCAGGAAUGUAGCUCAAAAACACUGGUCUUCUUAGCCCCCAUGAUUUAGCGAAUUCACCCGCGACGCCAAGAACUGUAGUGCCAAAGCGUGAGGCUAGCAGAGCGAUAUCGCCAGCAUAGUCUAGGCCAGUCAACCGGCGCCCGGACGCGUGUUCAACACCGUCAAAACCCCUUAGGUUCCAUUCGAGGAUCCAGCAAAAAGCGCAAUCGAACAGAAUGGGCGGCAGGAUACGACACUGUCGAACGUCAGACCCGACAUCGACCGACUGAUAGAGAUUGUUUCGUAGUAUAACAUGCACUGGUGGGGCGAUGACCGACCUUGAUCUUGGAGAUUAUCUUCGCCCCAUACCGUCUACAGUCUUUAUCCGCUACGGAAACUCAUGAUGGGUGGAAUAGCUGCGACGAAAUAAAAGCUAUCUGUCGGUUGCUGGUAGCCACGGCGAGAUUCAACACCGCGCCGUGGCGUCAAUCCAGUCUGUGCAUCUGCAUUCAGCUUAGAGCCUGGCCUGAUUUGCUCUAGUCCUCGACUCAUGCACACCAUGGACUAGCCCGAAAGUGACAACGGCAAAGACCUCUGCAGAAAAUUUGAUGACACCUUUGUCACGGUGGUUCUCGCACCUUGUCUUAACACCCUUCUUGAGGAUUGGCACAGGAUGUCACGAGAAGGCUUAAGUCGAGCUGGCGAAAUCUUCUUUGCGGAGCCUGGCGCUUACGAGAACUGAGUCGUUGAGAAAAUUAUAUCAAAUCGCCCAUAGACCCUGGCAGAUCCAAAAUGCAGUGAAGAUGAAGUGUCUGGCCGAGAUAAUAGUAGAUUUUUAAAGUCAUGAGACCACUGGACCGCGCGUACUCAUAAGCUGUAGUUUCAGGCCACUGUGGGUGCUGUGCACCAUUGAAGACCUGAAACACACAGAAUAUUAUAGGAGAACUGAGCUAGACCACUUCUUCUGUCGUCCGGCCUGCACGAAAUGUUGUUGAGUUAAACUGGGUCGCCAACGAUAAUGAUUCGGCCGCGUUGACCUCUAACAGCGCCAUCGUUUGAGAAAUUCACUUGUGUAAGGGAUGGCAGCCUUGUGACGUCAGCCUCUGAUCACCCCUAUUUCCUGCGGAGUUGCAUGGUCAACCACGACAGCCCUUCACAGUAACGAUAUCAUUUGCAGAUUUGUUUGCAGCGAAUAAGGAGAAAGCGUCAAGGUGCACUAUACGGUCUUCCCCAUGCCAACCCUUCAUAAACUGACACGCAAAUUUGCCCCGCAAUGCGCUUGCGCUCAACGUAUGUUCCUGCCGUUCGUUCCAAAGUACUUAAAGUGCGGAGGAUUUUUGUUAUUUGAUAAACGGUCGUUCUUAUACUCAAGAAUUUGUCCUCCCAACCUGUUAUCGAGGUCUAAUAUGUGCCAUAGUUCUUUCAUGCAGCUCGGCUGACUGAUGCAACUGCCUACUCGAGCCAAGCUAAGUUACCUCGAUGUCAUCCGAUUAACCGAAUCUCGUAUUUUUAUUGUUUUAAUCGACUUAGCGGUCGAUUAAUGAAAGUACGCUUUUAUCUGUGUGAACUUCAAGCAACACAGAAGUAUCGACUCCUGUGUGCUAUUAUUCUUUCAAGGGGCAGAAUAGCUCAUUUCAGAAAAGUUUAUAGACUGCUAGCAAGGUUAGACACCGAAAGGCCAGUCAACGGACUUGCCGUUGGAGCUCACGUAUCCCCGUAUUGUUGAUGACCUUUGGCCUAGCUUUACUGAUGUUGCCUUAACAAUGGAUAACAGUGGACAGUUUUGGUCCUGUUAACUGUUUCUUCGUUGUUAGCUUGAGUCGCGAACAAUGAAUAGGUGAAAAUGCUCCCAAAACGCCUCGAAUUACUCCUACUCUCUACACGAUGGCCGCUCAUCUCCUUGCACGAAAACUGUGAUUACUUUCAAACACACGCCGUUUAGUAGACUCAUCAGCUGUCUCCACUAUUCCAGUUGCCAACAUCCACUAAGAAUUUUAACGAAGCAGUAACACUGCAUGAGACGAGCUCGACAGCAAAAGCGUAGUUAGCAGAUUAAGUUCAUUGGAACUUAUCGUAGAGCGACAUGUCGAUAAUAAGAGUUGCAGAAUUGCACUUCUCCUGCAGCUGCUAAAAUUCUGUCUCGAGGCGUAUUUCACACGUACUUCCCCACACACUAAAACAUAAAAUGCCCUCUAAUUGGGUUUCCGCUCUCGUCGUUGAGAAUGUUUUUGGAAAAUUGGGUCGGCGCCGUUGCUUUGGUUUCGAUAGACCAACCGCACUUUCAGCAUUGUCAAACAAAAAGUUGUUUUACAAUUCUACGAUAUCUUAGGUGUCAUCUCUAUUGCUUCCUUUCUUCACUUGGGGAGGAGAGAGCAGCCAUGUACCUUUCUUUGACCUCUUUGUACACCGUAGAGAUGAAGAGAUUCUUGGGGCAACACUGCGAAAGAACACAGUCAGUGCGUUCAAAAUCCCGAGUUACUACUGUAAUCACCUGCCACGUGUCGGGUUCUGCGGUCACAUCUUGACUCACGAGUCUUGAAGGUCAAGACAGACGGUGAGUGGAUACGAGUGACAGCACCGACGUAAACGAUAAGAAAUCAAUUAACAUUGGUGCGAUUGCGGGUGCCAACUUCAUUGAGAAGAUUUACAGCCGCUCACAUCUGUCGCCUGCCAUGUCUGAGGGGAGGGAGGAGACAGUCGUCUCGAUGAGACCCACUAGCGCAAUCAUGGGCAUUGUUUAAUACGACGGAACGCGAUAUCACCGUAUCCUCUGACGUUUGAAAUCUGCUUGGUUCCGAAAUGCCAAAAAAUGAACAUAAGGUUUAUGGGGUCCCAUCACUGUAAUUUGGAGUAACUGUGCGGAGUGGGGGGGGGGCAGCUAAACUGGACGGUAACUCGUCCCUUUAUGCGUCUUUUUGCGUUCACUCUGGCCCCCGGAUUCUUUGUUCAGUCUCCUUCCUGUUAUGUUUGAAGAGACUUCCUACGCCGAUGGUUAUUCUGAUUCUCUAUUUUUUUUCGCCCAUAGGAUACGGAUGGUCAGGUGACUCAUUGGGAGGCAAACGCGUUCGCUCAAGAAAACGACAUGCAACUGGUUGAAACUUCCGCUUUGACUGGUGAAAAUGUGGACGAGGCGUUUACUCAAUGCCUGCGCACCCUGCUAGCUAAAGUGAAGAGCGGUGAAAUGGACCCUGAUAGACUGGGUGGUUGUAAGCCACACGGCGUUACCCUGGCGGCCAGUAGUCCUGCCGCUCGCACUUCCUCCAACUCUCCCCGACCCCAAUUCUCAAGUCUUGCGUCCUCCGGUAAUUGCACCUGCUGA